GAAAAAAAAGAUACGUCAACUGCCUGGUCAAGACGUGUAUGAAUUCAAGGACAAAUACCAUCAGAAUUAAUAAAAAACAGAAUUACUAAUACAUAAUGAAUGAAACAGAUACCACACUAAAGGAUGAUGAAGUUGGUACUACUGUUACAGUUUUAUUCACGUCAUUAGCGGCAGCGUCGGUUUUAAUCGACAUCGCUUAUAUCAUUGUUUGCUUUAAGGCUCUUAAGAAAACAUUCCAUCAUCUUACGAUUUUGAUGUUGUUUUUCAGCGAUAUUACUUUAGGGAUUUCAUCAACAAUGUUUUCGUUAGGAACUGUAUUAAAACAUGAACACGUAGAAUCGUGUCUCCUACAGAUAUUUAUUGUUACAUUUGGUCUGCAAUCAAACUAUUGUUUGAUAUUCCUUCUGUGUUUUCAAAGAUAUUUAGUUGUAAGGUCGUAUAACUUUGGAAUAGUGAACACAUUUGAUAAGAAUAAAUACAUAUACAUUGGAGGAUCUUUGUGCCUUGUGCUUGUAAUUUCGUUUUGUGGAACUAUAUUGCCUCCUCAUGACGAAUUCAUGCAUAUUUGUAGACCUCCUGUUGUAUACGGGGACAGUUUUUAUAUUUUCAUAAUUGUUAAUCUUUUACCGAUAACUCUUAUUAUAUUUCUAUUAUUCAUAAUGUCAGCGAUCACUAGUUUACUUAUAUGGAAAUUAUAUUUUAAAGGAACAAUUGCCCCGAUGGACGUUGUGAAAGAGGAGAAAAACAUUACUUGCCAUGUGCAGGCUUCUACCUCAACAACAGGGCAAAGUGCCGCAGGUUCACCUAAACACGUUUCUUUUGACAUUGAGUAUAACCAAAAUAGGGAAGCUGCUACUUCAGUCAGUAUAAAAGGAGAUAUAGAAAUUCAUCUAGAUCAAUUAAAAGCUACCUCAAACUUCGAUAAUAAAGUAUCACUAAAGAAAGAUAACUGGGUACAUGACGAGAACUUGAAUGAAGGAAUGAUUGAUUUGAAAAAUGAAACCGACAUCUGUACGACCACAAACGAUGUUGCUAUACCAAUUGAUGUCAACACACAUUUUCAAAAGUCAUGGGAGAUUCGAGCAUUCUUUACAACUCUCAUUAUUGCCUUUCAAACUACGGUUUUAACAUCACCUUUUGUUGCGUCGUAUUGGGUAGAGGUUUUAUCGAAUACACCUUUAACACUACAGGUUCGAAUUAUUCUUUUAUUUCCAUUUCUGAUCAAUUCGUUAUCCAAUCCUUUUAUUUAUGCUUGGAGAAUACCGGAAAUUAGAGAAGAGUUUAGAAGGCUGUUUAGGAUAAAUACUUAAUCUUCAUAGUUUAAAAAUGACACAGCUGUUAGUCUUACAUUAUACAGUUAUAAACAAUUUUGACAAAAUUACAAAGUUAACAAAAUGUUUACAAUUGAAAGACGGUUGAGAUAUUCUCAAAAAGAAAAACGUCAAAAAAAAAACAGACAUGAUUAACACAACAAUAAAACAUACAAAUUAUUAAGGUGACUCUAACACAAAAAGGUUCAUAUAAGAAAUGUUUUCAUUUAAAUAUUUGUUAGUUUUAUGUAUGCUGAAUCUAAAACAGAAAAGAUGCACCAGCUCAUUUUAUUCUCAGAAGGAAGCGAAAUUUAUGACUUUGACCCAAUGUUCAAGCAUGUACAGAAUAAGGCUCAUAUAUAUUUAUAGACUUUAGAACAGUUUAAUAAUAUUGUAAAUUCUAAUGCAAUUUGGAUGUAACAUUUUUUUUCAUUGGCUAAAAGUCAAAUCCACAGUUGACCAGGCGUAACUAAGGAGGGACCCGUCAUUUUGAAUUGAUGAAUCAACAAAUGUUCGAUUAAUACUAUAAUAUCGAAAAUAAAACAACAUCUACCUCGAAUACGCCGUUUUAAUGCAAUUUUAUCCGAAUUUGAAGCUUACAGGUAACGUUAUAUCCUCAAGUUUGUAAAUUUUCAUUUGUAUGACGUUUAGCCAUGACGUCUAUGUGCCAAAAUCAUUCAUGAAGUUUCGCGGAUUUUUUUUUAUUUGA